CAUGUGUUGAUGAAGAAUUGAAGAUAACUGCUAGAGUGACAGACACACCACUCCAUUCUGUGCUGAGCUUGGAAACUUGGAAACUUGAAAUGCUUCUUCUCCAUCUUCAUCACUGCAUAUCUCAUAAGAAACACCCCUUUUUUUCUCCUCCUUUCCUCUUCUUCAACACCCACAAAGCUUCAGUAUCUGCGUUUGGGGUGGGAAGAUGGGAAGCACUCAAGAAAAGUAGAAGAAGAAGAGGACAAGGAGUGAGGAGGCUGAGAGCGGCGGAGAAAGAUUCGGAUUAUGAAGUUGACCCGGAUAAGGCCCGAGAGGCUCUGAGAAAGCUUGAUGAACAGCUUCAAUCUCUUUCUCAGAAAAAGCCCGACCCUCCUCCUAAUAUUAGAGCAGCUUCAGAUAUAAAUGGUGGUCCGAGUCGAAUGACGCAAGUCCCAGUUCCAGAAGCAAAAGAAAUUACGUCGUCUGACUUGGUUAAUUUGGCCAUUCUUCUCUUUCUGUUUACCAUUUUGUAUAAUGUCUUCUUCCUGGCGGUGAUUAAGCCCGCCGUUGAUGGGCCGGAGGAUAUUGCUCCAGAAAUCACUUCUGUUUUAGAAACUCAACAAGCUUCUUCGCCAUUUCAGGUUGGGUAUGUAUAUCAAUAUGGAAGCUUCACCAUUUGAAAAUGUACUAUUGUC